CGCCGCGGCGCUCGCUGCCCUUUGACGUGGCGGGGACGCUCCCGUCAGCCAUGUUGGCUGCGUGGGCGGCGGGCGGGGAGCGCGAGGCGGCGGCGGCGGCGGCGCUGGUGAUAAACAGAGAAGUUGACCAUGACAACCUUCCUGGAAUUUAUCCAGCAGAAUGAGGACAGAGAUGGAGUUAGAUUCAGCUGGAAUGUUUGGCCUUCAAGUCGUCUUGAAGCCACAAGAAUGGUAGUCCCGGUGGCUGCCCUCUUCACGCCUCUGAAAGAACGGCCAGAUUUGCCUCCUAUUCAGUAUGAGCCAGUCUUGUGCAGCAGGACCACAUGUCGAGCUGUUCUGAAUCCUUUAUGCCAAGUGGAUUAUCGAGCAAAACUCUGGGCUUGCAACUUUUGUUAUCAGAGAAAUCAGUUUCCUCCUACCUAUGCUGGCAUAUCUGAAAUGAAUCAGCCAGCUGAACUUUUACCUCAGUUCUCCAGCAUUGAAUAUGUGGUACAGCGUGGUCCUCAGAUGCCUUUGAUAUUUCUUUAUGUUGUGGACACAUGCAUGGAAGAUGAAGAUUUGCAAGCUCUGAAAGAAUCCAUGCAGAUGUCGCUUAGUCUGCUGCCUCCAACUGCAUUAGUAGGUCUCAUUACCUUUGGGCGAAUGGUGCAGGUUCAUGAGCUUGGCUGUGAAGGAAUUUCCAAAAGUUAUGUCUUCAGAGGAACGAAGGACCUAUCUGCAAAACAGCUGCAGGAAAUGUUAGGGCUUACAAAAGUAGCUGUUUCACAAGUUGGUCGGGGUCCUCAAGCGCAGCAGCCACCACCUUCUAACAGAUUUUUGCAACCAGUGCAGAAAAUUGAUAUGAAUCUUACUGAUCUAUUGGGUGAACUGCAGCGGGAUCCUUGGCCUGUUCCACAAGGAAAGCGGCCCCUACGUUCCUCUGGAGUGGCUCUUUCUAUAGCUGUAGGGCUCCUUGAGUGCACUUUUCCCAAUACUGGUGCACGUAUAAUGAUGUUCAUUGGAGGACCAGCUACACAAGGACCUGGCAUGGUUGUCGGGGAUGAAUUGAAGUUACCUAUAAGAUCGUGGCAUGACAUUGAAAAAGACAAUGCUAAAUAUGUUAAAAAGGGUACUAAGCAUUUUGAAGCCCUGGCUAAUCGAGCUGCAACAAAUGGUCAUGUUAUUGACAUAUAUGCAUGUGCAUUGGAUCAGACUGGUCUUCUGGAGAUGAAGUGUUGUCCGAACUACACUGGAGGUUACAUGGUGAUGGGAGAUUCGUUCAAUACAUCUUUAUUCAAGCAAACCUUUCAGAGAGUGUUCACAAAAGAUAUGCAGGGACAAUUUAAAAUGGGAUUUGGUGGCACAUUAGAAAUAAAGACUUCAAGAGAAGUAAAGAUUUUGGGAGCGAUUGGACCCUGUGUCUCUCUCAACUCUAAAGGACCUUGUGUCUCAGAAACUGAGAUUGGAACAGGAGGUACUUGUCAGUGGAAGAUUUGUGGACUUAACCCUACGACAACACUUGCAUUGUACUUUGAGGUGGUCAACCAGCACAAUGCUCCAAUUCCUCAAGGAGGACGUGGUGCAAUCCAGUUUGUGACUCAGUACCAGCAUUCCAGUGGACAGAGACGUAUCAGAGUGACCACAGUUGCCAGAAACUGGGCAGAUGCACAGACGCAGAUUCAAAACAUUGCUGCAUCUUUUGACCAGGAAGCUGCUGCGAUUCUCAUGGCCAGAUUGGCAGUGUAUAGGGCAGAGACAGAAGAGGGGCCUGAUGUGCUUAGGUGGCUGGACAGACAGCUUAUACGACUGUGUCAGAAAUUCGGAGAAUAUCACAAGGAUGAUCCAAGCUCUUUCAGAUUUUCAGAAACCUUUUCACUUUACCCGCAGUUUAUGUUUCACUUGAGAAGAUCUCCCUUCUUACAAGUUUUUAACAACAGUCCGGAUGAGAGCUCAUACUAUCGUCAUCAUUUUAUGCGUCAAGAUCUAACCCAGUCGCUUAUCAUGGUUCAGCCGGUUCUUUAUGCCUACUCUUUUAAUGGACCUCCAGAGCCUGUUCUUCUGGACAGCAGCAGCAUUUUACCAGAUCGCAUUCUCCUUAUGGAUACCUUUUUCCAGAUCCUCAUUUAUCAUGGAGAGACCAUAGCUCAAUGGCGUAAAUCAGGUUACCAAGAUAUGCCAGAGUAUGAAAAUUUUCACCACUUGCUACAAGCUCCAAUAGAUGAUGCCCAAGAAAUUCUCCAUUCCAGAUUUCCUAUGCCCAGAUACAUUGAUACAGAGCAUGGAGGAAGCCAGGCUCGUUUCCUGCUUUCAAAAGUAAAUCCCUCUCAGACUCAUAACAAUAUGUAUGCGUGGGGACAAGAAUCUGGAGCACCCAUUCUUACUGAUGAUGUCAGCUUGCAAGUAUUUAUGGAUCAUCUGAAGAAACUUGCUGUUUCUAGUGCUGCCUGAGAUUCUGCAGUGUAUUAAAGGCACAGAGAAGCUGUAGCCAUAUUUCAGCUUUUCCUCCUCUCCCCUUUUCCAUAUCUCUCUUCACAGAAUGCUCUGAUAUGCACAAGCUGCCUGACUAGAUAUAAAGCAGUGUUGUUUUCAAAUAAAAGCUUUUGUUAUCAGCAAAUGUUUUAAUGUGAACUGCAGUUUGUAAAAAUGACAGCUAGUAGAUUAAAUUAAGUUAUAAUUAGAGGAAAAAGAACAGUCACUUUGAUUACUGUGAUACUAUAAUUACUUUGAGAUAAUUUAUAACAACUUUUUUGAGUUGUGAUCUGAGUUUCCUUUUAAAUGGUUGAGGUUGAUUCUUCUCUGCACUACAAAGAGACAUUGAACAACAAAGGAAAUAUUUGGUGAUGUCGGGCUUUCCAGAGUGCCAUGUGACUACUUCUGUUUGCUCACUUUGAGCAUGAAGUGAACAAAGCGGCAACAAAAUGCAUAUCAAAAUAUUAUGAACUCAGUUUUUUUAUUUAGGCUGCUGAACUCCUCUUUCCUACAGAGAUACUGUUGUUUGUGCAUUGUUCAUUAUUUAAUUUGAAGUAUUUCUUCCCACUCAGCCGACUUCAUUUUUGGGGACACAAUUUUUAUUUCCACGUAAGAUUUUGAACUGGAAAAGUAAAAAAUCUUAUUGCACAAAAUUUAAAUCCACACAUCGUAUUUUUGACAAAAGUAUCUAUUAUCAAACACAGUAACAGAUGAAUCUGCUCCAAAUUUAACACUGUUAGCUUGAGUUAAGAAGAAAUCCUACACUACCAAAAUGAACUGACGAAGAGUACAGCCUUGAUUUUUGUCUUGGCGAGUAUACUUAAAAUAUUUACCUUUUUUAUUAUUGCCUUAUGAUGUUAUUACACUAAUGCA